AUGUGGGGUCGCCUCGCUGGCGGGGGCAUCUGCGUGUCGAUCUUCCACGGCUCGCUGAAGACCUGCACCUGCGCCCUGUGCCCCAUGCCCUCGAAGGUGACUGCCAAGGACCUGAGGGGGGGGGCUGCACGCUACCUCUGUGAUCCCUUUCACCUCCACCACCAGCGGUGCACUUACGCCGUGAGCAUCUUCACUUGCACGCCCAGAUCUACCUCUGCCGCCACCCACCUGUGGCUCCAAUGCUUGAGCGUGCCAGCCUGCUUGUUGCCUCUCGCCUUCGUUAUGAGCACCGCCGUGCCGCCGCUCGUCUCCAGGGCCCCUUGCCACGUGGACUCCGCCCUGCACAUGGUGUAUGCCGCCGAGGAGGCCGGCGAGGCGGCCGCCGCCGUCGAGGAGCUGCGGCGGCUGCUGAGGCUGAGCGAGGCACGCGAGCGCCUGCUGGGCGAGGAGGAGCGGCAGGCGGCCCAGGACCUCGAGGCCGAGGAGGCCGAGUGCGAAGCGCAGGCGCGGCUGCUCAAGCUGCUCGAGGAGCAGCGAGCCGCCGACGGCGACCCCGACGAGGACGACCCGAGCGCCGCCACCGCCCUCCUGGAGUUGCUGCAGGAAGAGCUGACGGCGGAGCAGCAGGAGCUGUCGGCGCAGGAGGCGGCGGCCCUGGAGCGGCGGGGCAGGGCCCGCGAAGAGCAGCGGGAGAUCGAUGAGAUCCAUGCGGAGAUCGCCGAGACCUCGGAAGCCAACGACUGGCUCAUGUCGGAGCUCGAUGCGUUGCCCCAGCCCUCGUGUCUCUGGGGCAGGUGGUGGAGGGCGAAGCACAAGCGCUCUCAUGAGCACAAGCUUCUGGUGAUCGCGCGGGAGAGUGCAUUCCCCUUCGGCCCUUCUCCCUUCGCAGCCGCGAUGGCGGUCGAUAUGUCCGCGAUCCAGGCCACGCUCGAUGCCCAGCUUGUGAAGAUCGAGAAAACCAUAGAUGAUAAACUCGAGGCGAAGGUCUCGGGAUUAGCGGCCACUGUUGGAGUCCAAGGUCAGAUGCGGAAAGAGAUCACCGACCGCUUAGAGAAGUCAGAGACCCGUCUCAAUGCCAUGGAACAGAUGGCUCAGGUGAACUCCCGUCUGCCUCCUUUUGUCAACAGUCAGGGAGGUAAGCGCCGCGCAGUUGACAGCUCUGCCGGGGACGGGCGGCGCACGCCGCGCGGCCUCACCUGCCACCUCAUGUAUUCCGGGAAGCUCUACGUUGUCGUCGUCAAGGAGAUCGCGCGCGGCACAACUGGGCCAGCCGCACCUGCUUACCAGUGUUUGAAGAGCGUGCUGCACUGCCGUCGUGUUCUCGGGUUCCUGUUCGCCCUGAAGAUCAACGGCUAUGUCAUGCCCUUCCUGUGGUGGCGCCAGUUCGCCCUGGAGAGACCAACUUUGUCCUGCCCUGCCUGUGGUGCCGCCAUUUCCCCGCAUCUCACUGGCGUGUACGCUCACUCCAACUCGCUGGCCAUGCCCAACAGCCUCGUGGCCUUCCGGCUUUCCGGCACGGCCAUGAUCGCGGUGAGGUCGGCGCUCACGCUCGGCCUCAAGAUGAUGCUGGAGACGCUGCUGCAGUGA